AUGGCUCCAAAUCCUCCCUUGGACAUCCUGCAGAGCAUGAUUAAUGGCAUCCUCAUAGAAACAGGCAAAGCUCUCCGCUCUUCGAACAAAGACGGUGCCAGGAACCCCACAAACGUAAAUACCAGGCUCAAGACAUUUAUUCCCAGCGCUACGGAGAACUUCCACCAAGCCUUGGACGAUCUCGAAAGUGACAUUGUGCGAGCGAAGGCAGUGCUGCUGAGAGAUCUGGAGGAGAUCCGUUCGAAACGGAUCGCGUUGGAGAAUCCCGAGCCAAUACUUGAUGCGGACCAAGAGACAAAAUUGGAGAAAUCAAAGUCCAGAGAUACAACUCUAGAGCCUAGUAUAAACGAAAGCGCAAACGGAAGCGCACCCUCUCCGAAUGUAAUGAUCAAGCAGGAAGUUGGCAACAAAAGCCCAGAGAAGCAGACGCUCAGCGAGCCGCAACGGGCUGUGCCAGAAUUCAAAUCCAAGCCACAACCCUCCGAAGACGUGGAGCUUUCCCCACGCCCAAUACCAGCAGUUUCCGCGAACGAAGCAAUCCCAGACUCCAAGCCAGUUAGCCUAGGAAUCGACACCAAAAGUGCAGCUCCUGGAUCAGAUUCAGCUCCAGGAACUGCAGAUCUCCAAAACUCCGCGGUCGACUCGCUUUUCGACAUCCCCGAAGGCGAUAAUACUGCUGAUUCGAAAGUAGAUUUCGACCAAAUGGAUUUCGCCUUCCAGGACUCAUCAGCCACUCAGACCCAACAAGCCACUCAGACCCAACACACAUCGCAAGCGCAGACUGCCAAUUUCGAUCUCUCUACAUUCGGCACACAAGACUUCAACAUGACUGAUCUCAAUGCAUCUGCCAACCCAGCCCAAGGGAACGCAAAUGCAAGCAGCCAGGACAAGCAAGUAGAUGCUUUCGCAAUGGCGAGUAGUGCCGACGGAGACAACAGCAGGAAUUUGAAUCUAGAUGUGGAGAUGGCUGGAGCGGAAGACAGCGUCUUCGAUGACAUCUUCUUUAACGACGACGAAGCCGGGAUCGGCGGGCAGGGAGAAAUGCAACAUGGGGAUUUUGACGACGCAUUUUUCGGGAUCUAA